GUGACUAUCAAUCUUAGGAGCAGUUUAGAACCGUGAUGAACCGUGAUGGUUGGCCACAAGUUGUCCCAAAGCGAAUACUUCCCCGCAUCCCAAACGGACCCAAAUCAGUGGUGCGUUCAAGUCAUGUGGGACUGAAGACAGCAAUGGUACCGUUUCCCUUUCUUUACAACUUGAAAAUGUCAAUGCAUGAUGAAGCCGCUUAACGGAAGCACUUAUCCGACCCUUCAGGAAGACAACAAUUCCUAGUCGCCAUUACCAGUUUACAAGUGGCAACGUAAACAGCGCUUACAAGCCGGAAGUAUCAUCACCGUGAGUUCCUCGAACGCAGCAUUAAAGCCUCACGUCGCGGACUGGACGCGCACGAAUACCAGCUGAGGUCGGGUCGAGUACUUCGCUAACUCAUCUACUGCUGUAUGUUUGGUCAGAAGUAAACACGAGACACUCGGUAGCUUAUUAGCUUAUUAGUUAAAGUUCCGUCCAAGACGAGUUUUUCCGUGUUGUGGUCCCGGUCCCGUGAUCAGACCAGUGAGUCCAGGCUCCUGCUAGGCACUCCGGACCCUGGCCUCCCAGCGGGACCAGGGCAUGGUGUGAGGACUGAUGAUGGGGCUCCUCCGGACCAUGAUGCCGCAUAAGGUCCAGCUCCUGGCCGUCCUGGCGUUCGGACUGGCGCUGCUCUUCAUGGAGAACCAGAUCCAGAGAAUAGAGGAGUCCAGAGAGGUCCUGGAGCGAACCAUGGCCCGGCACGAGGGGGCGGAGUCGGAGCCGCGGAAGGGCGGGGCCGGGGGUCAGGUGACCCCGUCUCUGAGCGAGGCGGACGACGUGGUGGUCAUCUACAACCGCGUGCCCAAGACAGGAAGCACUUCCUUCACCAACAUCGCCUACGACCUCUGUGGGAGGAACGGCUUCCACGUGCUGCACAUCAACACCUCCAAGAACAACCCCGUGCUGUCCCUGCAGGACCAGGUGCGUUUCGUACACAACGUCACCUCGUGGAGCGAGAUGAAACCGGCCUUCUACCACGGCCACGUCGUCUACCUGGACUUCUCCAAGUACGGCGCCGAGGGUCAGCCCACGUACGUCAACGUGGUGCGUGACCCCGUGGAGCGGCUGGUCUCCUACUACUACUUCCUGCGCUUCGGAGACGACUACCGGCCCGGACUGCGGCGCCGGAAGCAGGGCGACAAAAAGACGUUUGAUGAGUGCGUGGCCAGCGGGGGGCCGGACUGCGCUGCCGAGAAGCUCUGGCUCCAGAUUCCCUUCUUCUGCGGACAUCAUUCAGAGUGCUGGACAGUGGGCAGCCGCUGGGCCCUGGAGACGGCCAAGGCCAACCUGGUGAGGCAGUACCUGCUGGUGGGGCUGACGGAGGAGCUGGAGGACUUCGUGAUGAUCCUGGAGGCCGUGCUGCCGCGCUUCUUCAGGGGAGCCACACAGCUCUACAGGACGGGUAAGAAGUCCCACCUGCGUAAGACCAGCGAGAAGAAGCCCCUGGCCCCAGAGACGCUCUCCCGGCUGCGGCAGUCGGAGGUCUGGAAGAUGGAGAACGAGUUCUACCUGUUCGCUCAGGACCACUUCCACUUCAUCCGCGACCACGCCGUGCGGGAGAAGGACGGCGUGGUCUCCGUCCUGCCCCAGAGCUUCUUCUACGAGAAGAUCUACCCCAAGGUCAGCUAGCCCAGCCGGGUGGGGCUGGGGCCCGGGGCCGGGGGCCGAGGCCCGGGGCCAGGGGCCGGGCUUGGGCACGGACCCUGUCAGGUUAAUGCUAACCGUUCGUGCCCAAGCCCGGCCCGGCCCCUAGGACACGGCUCUGGUCCAGUGAACGAUCCCACCGGGGAGAGACAUGGCUCUGGUCUGAGCGGUCCCAACAGUGGCCUUCACAUGGAUCUACGGGUCACAAAGAGGAGGAGCGCCCAGGAGGCUUCAUGCUCUGGUCUGCGGAAGAGGAGAGAACAUCUGCGUGAGGAGCCGGGAGGAGACGAGGUGGGAGUGAAGGGUUAGAGGGAGGCGUACCACUCGGCUGGGCUCUGGAAUUUGAGCUUUGGCGUCAUUGGUCAGAGAUCGGUCUCCAUGUUGCCGAAGGAGUUGUUCUCCUCACAAGCUGCUCUUGUGUUAGAAAGCAGCCGAGCUGAACUCGUCUUUGAAGCUCACUGAGAGCUCAGUGUUCAGCUGAACUCUUGAAGCUGGCUCACUGAGAGCUCGGUGUUCAGCUGAACUCUUGAAGCUGGCUCACUGAGAGCUCGGUGUUCAGCUGAACUCUUGAAGCUGGCUCACUGAGAGCUCAGUGUUCAGCUGAACUCUUGAAGCUGGCUCGCUGAGCGCUCAGAGUUCUGGCUGGGUUAUCUUCUGGCCGCUCCUCCUCCAAACAGGUUCAGGGUUUUCUUAAUGCUGGAGCUGCCGUCUUGUUUUUCUAUGCCGUCUUUACACUUUGAGCUUAACCCCUGAUGUUCACGCGCCAAUAAUUAGAAUAAUGGGAGGAGUAUCAAGGGAUUGUACGUGAGCAGCGUUAGCAUGCAGUGUUGAAUAUAUAUAUAUAUAUAUAUAUUCCUGGGACCAAUUUAGAGCGAUGAAGUGAAGUUUUGACCCCUUCAUCCCCCGCUCUGUGGGCAGUAGAUAACCACCUCACCGUUCCUGUCACAGUGUUGGUUUAGUUUGGUUUUAUGUUUGUGUUUCCGCGCCGAUUGAGACAUAUCAUUGACACGAGUUGCUGGAGUUUUUAACCUUUGACCUUUGAAAUGUGCACUUGACUGUUCAUUUGCUGCACUAUUCUGUAACACAGCUAAUAAACUAAUGUUGCAUUUGGGAAUGCAGCUCUUUGACGAAUGAA